UGUGUGAGAGAGAGAGAGAGAGAGAGAGAGCUCGCGCGCUCGUGUAAGGAGAGGGCACGUUUACUUCAGCAAGUGUCACAUCAAAACAGCGACAAGAAGUUGAGAAGACGCCAACAACGCUGCAAGAUGGAGGAGCAUUCUGUUGUAAAAAAGCGCUCCGUGGCUGAACUAGCUGGAAAAUUCAGUUGUCCAAUAUCCCAUAUGACAGACGCUGAAGUGAACAAGCCUGUGAGGAGGAGACCCCCACGCUCUCUGCCGCUGCCUGCUGGUAAUGACGCAGGUCAAGGCCAGGAUGAGAAAGGAGCUGAAACCGUAUCAACCAGGAAGAACAGAAACUCUGCCCUCAUUGAGAAACUGCAGGCCAGCCUUACGCUUUCUCCCACGGGACCUCCGCCCUUCCCAAAGAGCCCAGGGGUGGUGAAGUUACCGGUGCCGCUCUUCUCCCCUGGCUCUCCCAGCAGCCCCUCUAGUCCUCCUGCAACUGUCACACCCAAACAAGAGGAAACUCCUGCCAACUUUGAGAGUACCGCCGAGGGAACUGUUCUCAAAAGCAUCAACAAGGGUAGAGCUCGACAUUCCAUCAAGCGGCGCCCACCGUCUCGCCGACACAGGAAGUCCAGUGCAGAUGAAGGCGGAGAAGAGGUGGAUAAAACAGCCACCCUCGAUCAAACGACUCCAAACGGGCACGAAGGAGACGUGUUUGAAGAACACAAGACCUCACCGGAUGCAGAAUCUCUCUCCUCUAAAGAACAGAUUGAGCAGGAAACUAGAUCCACAGAUUCUGAGAAGCCAGAACUGGAGGAAAAAGUGGAGACUGUGACUUCAGAAAAGGAAGAGGGAGAAGAGAAAGAAGAGAAAACAGAACCAGAGACAAAGGAAGAGAAAAGUGAAGAUGAACCACAGCUGGCUAACAGUACAGAAGAAACAGGCGAAGAGCCAGUCACGCAACCACAAACAGAACCGGACACAACAGAUGAGAAAGAAGAGGAACAGAAAGAAGAUGAAGUAAACCAUUAGAGCCAAGAUCGUAAAGUCUCUUAAUAGAGAAAAAGGUCAGAUCUGCCUCAGACCGAAGAACUCUCUGCUUAACCAAAGCAAAGACAUCAGGAGAAGAUGAAUAAUGUGAAUAACUUAGUUUUAGACUUCACACAUUUGAGUCGUUUGAAUGAGCAAGUGAAACCUGCAGGUGCAGAGAACAACAGUAUUUUCUCUUCCGUACAGUUGUAUUAACAUUUUGGUAAUACCUCUGUUCUGAGCCGCUUGUGUGAAUUUACACAUUAUUUUGUUUUGUGAAAUAUUUUGUAUAUAGUUA